AUGGACAACACGUCACGACUGAGCAAGGCUGUUGCUCAAAACUUCAUCGAUGCUCUGGACAGCCGCAAUUUCGAUGUUUUGCCUUCCAUGUUUACCGACACUGCUGGGUGGUGGGUGAUGGGAGAGCGGAAUGUGUCUUGGGGGGGUUAUUUAAGGGCUCACGAACGGAUUCCCCUUUCCAUGCAAAUGCUGGGCCAGUUUAGCCAAUACUCCAUGAAGGCGUUUAACAUCAUUGCGGAAGGUGUGCAAGUCAUGGCGGAGCUUGAAGUCGUCUCCUCGAACCAAGAUGGCAAAUCUUAUACCAAUUCCGUGGUCAUGGCCUUUACGAUCGACUCGCGACAGAAACGAAUUCUACUUUUGCGAGAAUAUCUCGACAACCAACAGGUCAUCAACUUCAUGGAAGCUUCGGGAAGUACUGCUGGAUCAGUGGACAAGAAUAUUGAGGCGGUUGGAAUGUGA